AUGUCCGUGGUACCAAAAUACAUCUACAAGAUCAUCCCUCAUUCAUCCGUUGAUACUAGAUUCACAUUCCCAGUACCCAUCCCAUCAUCUCAUCAAUUUCUCACUGAGCUAGAUCAAAACGAUCGAUAUAUCCAUUUCUCAACUGCUGAAUUGAUUCCCGGCACACUGAAUCUAUUCUUCAAGGAAGAUCCAGCUGUGACAUUGCUCAGAGUGGAAGUAGCUAGAAUAUCAGCUUGGAAAAAAGUAGAAUGGUUUUUACCUGAUCAAACGCCGAGAACAGGUGACAUGCCAUACCUCGCUGCUCACGCUUGGCCUGUCCCUCUCGAAGGCGAGUAUGUAGAAUCGUUCAAAGAGCUUUUCAAGCAGACUCCCACUGGCGAAAAAUCAGCACUAGGUGGUUGGGAUAGUGCAUUGACGAAUAAAGAUAUCAAAGAUUGGCUAGUAUAA